AUGGCUCUCGCUAGUGUGUUGAACGCUGAUUGUGCUAGUUUUCCCUUUGGCAGUCGUCAAACGGCUGCUUUCGAUUGUGGACCCGGACUGAGUGGGCUGGGAUUUGAAGCUCCAACGGGAGACGACAUAAAAUUUGCCAUCAAAAAUCCACUCUGUGCUGCGAACGAUGAUGACGUCGAGAGGAAAAUCGAGUUUCUGCAUGGAACUACUACCUUAGCAUUUAAAUUCCAGCAUGGUGUCAUUGUUGCCGUGGACUCUCGAGCUACAGCGGGCUCCUAUAUAGCCUCGCAGACGGUCAAAAAGGUAAUUGAGAUUAAUCCCUAUCUGCUGGGAACCAUGGCUGGAGGAGCAGCAGACUGUAGCUUCUGGGAACGCAUGCUGGCUCGCCAGUGCCGCAUCUACGAGCUCCGUAACAAAGAGCGAAUCUCUGUGGCCGCGGCCUCCAAGUUACUUGCCAACAUGGUUUACCAGUACAAGGGCAUGGGCCUCAGCAUGGGAACCAUGGUCUGUGGCUGGGACAAGAGGGGCCCAGGGCUCUACUACGUAAACUCGGAGGGGAGCAGAAUUUGUGGUGACCUGUUUGCGGUGGGCUCUGGUAUGUCGUAUGCCUAUGGUGUGAUGGACAGCGGCCUUCGGCACGAUAUGUCUGUGGAGGAGGCCUGUGAUCUAGGCCGCCGCGCUAUCUACCAGGCCACGUACCGGGAUGCCUACAGUGGCGGCCAGGUCAACCUGUACCAUGUUCACAGCGAAGGCUGGACCAGGGUCUCCCAGGAAAAUGUGCUUGAGCUACACCAGAGAUAUAAGGAUCAGGCAUGA